UAGAGAGAUGACGAGGAUGAAGCUUUGCUCCGUUUCUUUCACAUUUAGCGUAAUUGCUAUUCAGUUUCUACUUCUGUCCACCAUAGUUAAUGGCCAGCAAGCUACCGAUUCGUGCAAUUUAACUCUACCUCUCAAGGACCUCGCUCUCGACUCGAGUCUCCUUCAAUGCGUCGAAGUUUGGGGAGACCAGAAUUACAUCCUCCGAUACUCUAAAACUAUGGAAAACACAUGGAGUUUCGUCCUAUCGGCACCAGAUUCCAGUGCCUACAUCGGGAUAGGAUUCUCGACCGACGGCGAGAUGGUCGGAAGCAGCGCAGUGGUCGGGUGGAUUACACCGGACGGCGGGAGUGGAGCCGCGAAACAGUACUUGCUCGGAGGGGAAUCGCCUAGUAAAGUGAUGCCUGAUCAAGGAGAUCUAAAGAUCGUCAACGGCUCGUUGAAGAUAGAGUCAGUGUCGUCGCGUCUUUUCAUGAGUUUCCAGUUAACGGCAGAGAUGCCGCGAGAGAGGCUUCUUUACGCUAAGGGACCUUCAGGGUUCUUCCCAUCUUCGCCGGAGUUUAGGUUGAGGGAGCACGAGUUUAAGACUACCACGACUAUUGCGUAUAAUACAGGACCUGCAACAGUUGGACCAGCCAUGUCUCCAGGUCCAGCGUCCGGACCCACUCCUUCAUCCGCCUACAGCCUCUCACCACAUCUUCUCUUCUUUGGCAUCAGCCUCAUAGCUAUGAAAUUCUUCUGAUUAUUUGCUCCUUUUUUCCUAUGUCUUCAUCCUUAUGUGGUUUGAUUUGUGCAUUGUUGAUUUAUGGAUAAAGAAAAGAAGCUUGUG